AUGUCCAUGUCUGGAGAUGGGAGUGCGGCGUUAUCACUGGAGAUGAGAGGCUCCAACAUGACUCUCCGUUUCAAUGCCCUCCUGAACAGCACCUCCCUCUGGGACAGCAGAGACACGGACAGGUCGGCCGUGACCGUCCUGCUGCAGAGCGUGGAACUGGCUGCACUGGCCACUGCUCUCCGGUCUCUGGAGAGGACAACACAGAACGUGACGACAGAGUCUCUGGCUAUCCAGAAGUGGCUCGUCACAGGGAACUGCAGCCAGCACAGCAAAGUCUUCAAGCUGAGAGCUCACGAGGAGACGAUGGACGUGCACUGUGAUGCAGUCACUGGGGUAGCCACACAAGGUUUGGAGACUGCUGCUUUUAUUUCCUACUCCAUCCUGGACUCCAUCAUCAGUGCAAGACGUCUCAGCGAGGGAAAUCAACCAGGUGGUGGGAAGCUGGAGAAGAGUCACCUCAACUCCAGGGUGGUGAGUGGGGCCGUCGGAGACGGGAGACCCAUUCCCCUCUCCAGAUCCGCAGACUUCACCCUGUGCCACAGACAGGCCAAAAAAGAGGAGGAAGAGGCUCUCUGCAUCUACUGGAAAGUAGUGGCCGAGAGCGGCAGCUGGUCUCCGGAUGGCUGCACCGCCGUGCACACGAACAGUACUCACACCACCUGCAGCUGUGACCAUCUCUCCAGCUUCGCCGUCCUAAUGGCUCCCAUCGCAGUGACGGAGAGUUCCCCACUGACCAUCAUCACCUACGUGGGACUGACCCUCUCCCUGCUGUGCCUCUUCCUCGCCAUCCUCACCUUCCUCCUGUGCCGCUCCAUCUGCAACAUCAGCAUCUCCCUCCACCUGCAGCUUUGCCUCUGCCUCUUCCUGGCCAAUCUGCUCUUCCUCACCCCGCUGACCCGCAUCCGCCCUCAGGUGGCGUGUGCUGUCAUUGCUGGCCUCCUACACAACCUCUUCCUGGCCUGUUUCACCUGGAUGUUCCUGGAGGAGCUGCACCUCUUCCUCACCAUCAAGAAGCUGAAGGUCGUGAAUUACACCAGCGCCAGCUGGUUCAAGAAGAGAUUCAUGUACCCGUUCGGCUAUGGAUUCCCAGCCCUGGUGGUGGCUAUUUCUGCAGGGGUGAAUCCUGAAGGCUACGAAACUUCCACACACUGCUGGCUCAGCCUGGAGAGAGGCUUUCACUGGAGCUUCCUGGGUCCAGUCUGUGCCAUAAUCCUGAUAAAUAUAAUGUUCUUUGUGCUGACCCUGUGGAUCCUGAGAAACAGACUCUUCUCCCUCAAUGCAGAUGUGUCCACUGUCAGAGACCACAGGUUACUGACCUUUAAAGCCAUCGCCCAACUCUUCCUUCUGGGCUGCACAUGGAGCCUUGGUCUCCUCCAAGUCGGCCCAGCAGCCAUGGUCAUGGCCUAUUUAUUCACCAUCGUCAGCAGCCUGCAGGGAGCCUUCAUCUUCCUGGUGCACUGUCUGCUCAAUGGCCAGAUACCCUGCCAGUAUAGUGAGCUGGCAAAGGAGGACAUGGAGGCUGCUGAUGUGAAGACUCGGAAGCUCCUCACAAUGCAUGGAGGUUUCCACCCCAAGUCCAACACCCAGAGACUGUAUACCAGCCAGAAAGAAGGCGGGCGGGGCUUGGUGAGCGUCAAAGCCACUGUCCUGGACGAAACCCGAAGCAUCCAGGAGUACAUCAGUAAGAGGCCCCUAAAGAUGAGCUGCUGA